UGGAGUAGAGCUAGUUUGUCCGGGACAAGAAGAAGAGUGGAGGAGACUCGGAUCUGGACUACAUCGGGUUGCAUUCAUGUAGUCGUUGCUGUGUGGAUGUUGUUAUCAGAGCUACAGAUUAGAGCUACAGGCCGGUUAGUUGGAGCAAGCAGCAGGUGCAUGUGGAUGAAGAUAAAACUCCAGACUAACUCCGCUCUCUACACGGCUUCAACACCGGCGGGUCGAUACAAAUACCUGAGGGGUCGAGCUAAAAGCAAGCACUUGAUUUGGGGGAAAAGCGUAAGAAUGCUUUUCACGGCUUUUCUCUUUCGGGGAUAGAAAAAAAUGAUGGAAAAAACAUCGUCUUGUCUCAUCUGUCCGCAAACAUGGAGAAAAGUUAAGUCUACAAGUGACCGUUGACGCUACAAGUGACCGUUGACGCUACAAGUGAACGUUAACGUGACCGUUGACGUUAACUUACCUCAACUUCGACAUUCGUGGCUGUUUGUAAACUUUUUAAUUGUUUUUUUUCGCGUUAUAUUUUGUUGUUGUUGUUGUUGUUGGAGAAAACAACCCGCUGGAUACAUGGUGAAACUCUAGCACAGAUUCUGAGGAUAUAUCUCUGGAGCAGAAGAGGUAAUGGAGAAGAGGAACAAGGCGACGGACGGAGACAUGUACAGGCCCACCGUGGAUCCGUAUGGCUUUCAGCGCUCAAAGGACUUUGAUUAUGAGUCCUAUCAGGAGCUCAUGUCUGAGUAUCUAGUUGUGCUCACCCGACGAUCCAUCAAGUGGUCCAAACUACUGAAGGGCAAAAGCAAGGUGCAGAAGAAUGUAAAAUUAAAGCGUUACGUACGCAAGGGGAUUCCCAAUGAGCACCGUGCUCUGAUCUGGAUGGCAGCCAGCGGGGCUCAAGACCAGCUAGAGAAGAACCCAGGAUACUACCAGUCCCUGCUCGGAGCCCAGCACGACCCCAAACUGGUGGAGACCAUCCGCACUGACUUGAACCGAACAUUUCCAGACAACGUCGAGUUCCGCAAGACAUCCAACCCGUGUGUGCAGGACGCUCUGUACAAUGUGCUGGUGGCUUAUGGCCACCACAACCAAGACGUGGGCUACUGUCAGGGGAUGAACUUCAUAGCUGGGUAUCUACUUAUCAUCACAAAAGAAGAAGAAAAGUCCUUCUGGCUGAUGGAUGCUCUACUCGGCAGAAUUUUACCAGACUACUACAGUCCAGCCAUGCUGGGGCUGAAGAUGGACCAGGAGGUGUUAGGGGAACUGGUGAAAGUUAAAAUCCCCGGAGUCUGGCAGACCAUGACGGAUCAUAAUGUCAUGUGGACCCUGGUGGUCUCCCGAUGGUUCAUCUGUCUCUACAUAGACGUCUUGCCAGUAGAAACAGUCCUGAGGAUUUGGGAUUGCCUGUUCUACGAGGGCUCUAAAAUCCUGUUCCGUGUAGCUCUGACACUGAUUCACCACAACCAGGCUCUGAUUCAACAGGCCCAGUCACUGCCGGACGUCUGCCAAAACUUCAAGCAGAUCACUCGUGGACCAAUUGUUGAUGAAUGCCACUCUUUCAUGCAGAAAAUCUUCACUGAACCAGGAAGUCUCUCCAUGGCAACCUUGACUAAGCUGCGGGCGACAUGUCGAUCUCGCAUCAUUGCAGAAGAAUCCUGAACCAAACUCGACAACCUGUUGCUCAAACUCAAUACACAUUCCACUGGGCUGAGCACCCAACAGCUGGUUGCACCUUCUUUUUUACUGACUUAAUGUCACAGUGGCUACUACAUACUGUGGAGUUUGUGUCUUAAACAUAUUUUCAGACAGUCAUACAGUCCAAGUGUAAAUAUAUGGUGAAAUGAGAAUAUUCUUAGCAAUGUGCUGUAUGAACUGAUUAUUCCAUUUGAACCUAACAUGUAGUUUCUUCUUUUGUGAAAAUUAUGCACUUUACUCCAGAAAGUCAGAGACACUGUAGAGAAAAAGCUUGGCAAUAAACGGUCAGGUCAGUUAAAUAAUGUGUUGAACACUAUGAGCACAACCAAGAGGCCUGAUGUAUUUCACACUGAAUGGUAAAUGAAGACAAAACUGCUGUAGUACUGCUGUCAGAUCUGAAUUAUACUGAUUU